GAAGACUUGGAGGGGGUGGGGCAACAGCGGGCCCUGGAUGUGAUUGUCAACCUUGAGCCCUGAAAUAAGGGAAAAGGCUGCAGAGCUGACUCCUGGUGACCUUUUCCCUACAUUCGGCUAUUUUUAGCACUGAUGCAACCAUGCUCACGUGAGACCCUCUACUCCCCAGUCCCAGACCUUCCAGCAACCUUCAGCAGGCUUGUGGGGGAACCCUGCCAACCUCUCCUAGGUGCCCCCCCCAAAAAGGAGGGGGUUCUGGUUUCCGCCCAAAUCUGUUUUCUCCACCCCAAUUUGGGAGUGGGUGUCAAGUUCCCAGUGAGGGCAGGGCGGGGCCAGGCCUGAAGGACGUGGGGACAUGGGCCAGAGUGGCCAGACCCAUACACCGACUGAAGCAAACCUGAGCUGUGAGUGGGGGACCAGCACAGGAGGCCAGCCGGACCCAGGGCCAUUCCAUCCCACAACUCUUCGCCUUUACUGUCGGCCUAGCUUUCUGAGCGAGGACUGUGGGCGCAUCUAAACCUAGGCUCUGUCCAAGCCCACUCCUUUCCCUGGGCGUCUUUCCCGGACCCCAAACCGCCCUUCGCCGUCCUUGGGGUACCUGGAGCCAGACUCCUGCACCAUUGCAGAUAGGCCUGUCCGGAACCCCACGAGGGUUCGGCGGCGGCAGCGGCGGUGCUGACUAAACCCCCCUCCCCGGAAUGGCGGAAGCACACCAGGCAGUAGCUUUCCAGUUCACUGUGACCCCUGAUGGAGUCGACUUCCGGCUUAGUCGGGAGGCUCUGAGACACAUCUAUCAGUCUGGAAUCAACUCCUGGAAGAAACGCCUUAUUCGAAUUAAGAAUGGCAUCCUAAGGGGUGUGUACCCUGGCAGCCCCACCAGCUGGCUUGUUGUUGUCAUGGCAACAGUUGGUGCCAAUUACUGCAAGGUGGACAUCUCCAUGGGGCUGGUGUGUUGCAUCCAGAAAUACCUCCCUGACAGGUAUGGCCCCUAUGGGACCCCACAGACCCGGGACCUUCUCAGCAUGGUCAUCUUCUCCACCGGCAUCUGGGCGACAGGCAUUUUCCUAUUCCGGCAAACCCUGAAGCUGCUGCUUUCCUACCACGGGUGGAUGUUCGAGAUGCACAGCAAGACCAGCAAUGCCACCAAGAUCUGGGCUAUCUGUGUUCGCCUUCUGUCCAGUCGUCGGCCCAUGCUCUAUAGCUUCCAGACAUCUCUGCCUAAGCUUCCCGUACCCAGUGUGCCAGCCACGAUUCAGCGGUACCUGGAUUCCGUGCGGCCCUUAUUGGAUGAUGAAGAAUAUUACCGCAUGGAGACACUGGCCAAAGAAUUCCAGGACAAGACCGCCCCCAGACUGCAGAAAUACCUGAUUCUCAAGUCAUGGUGGGCAACUAACUAUGUCAGCGACUGGUGGGAAGAGUACGUCUACCUCCGAGGCAGGAGCCCCAUCAUGGUGAACAGCAACUAUUAUGCCAUGGAUUUUGUGCUUAUCAGGAACACGAAUGUGCAAGCCGCACGACUGGGAAACGUUGUCCACGCUAUGAUCAUGUAUCGCCGCAAACUGGACCGUGAACAGAUCAAACCUGUCAUGGCACUGGGCAUGGUACCCAUGUGCUCCUACCAGAUGGAGCGGAUGUUCAACACUACACGCAUCCCAGGCAAGGAAACAGACGUGCUACAGCACCUGGCAGAGAGCAGACACGUGGCCGUCUACCACAAAGGCCGCUUCUUCAAGGUGUGGCUCUAUGAGGGCUCUCGCCUGCUCAAGCCUCGAGACCUAGAGCUGCAGUUCCAGAGAAUCCUGGAUGACUCUUCCCCGCCUCAACCCGGGGAGGAGAAGCUGGCAGCCCUCACCGCAGGAGGAAGGGUAGAAUGGGCACAGGCACGUCAGACCUUCUUUAGCUCUGGCAAGAACAGGACUUCUCUGGAUGCCAUUGAGCGUGCUGCUUUCUUUAUCGCCCUGGACGAAGAAUCUCACUGUUACAACCCUGACGAUGAGUCCAGUCUUAGCCUCUACGGCAAGGCCUUGUUGCAUGGUAACUGCUACAACAGGUGGUUCGACAAAUCUUUCACUCUUAUUUCCUUCAAGAAUGGCACACUGGGCCUCAACGCAGAACACUCAUGGGCAGAUGCCCCCAUUAUUGGGCACCUCUGGGAGUUUGUCCUGGGCACUGAUACCCUUCACCUGGGUUACACGGAGACUGGACACUGUGUGGGCGAACUGAACAGGACGCUGACACCCCCUCAGCGACUACAGUGGGACAUUCCUGAGCAGUGCCGGGAAGCCAUCGAGAAUUCGUACCAGGUGGCCAAGGCACUGGCCGACGAUGUGGAGUUAUUCUGCUUCCAGUUCUUACCCUUUGGCAAAGGCCUCAUCAAGAAGUGUCGGACCAGCCCCGACGCUUUUGUACAGAUUGCCCUGCAGCUGGCUCAUUUCCGGGACAAAGGCAAAUUCUGCCUGACGUACGAGGCCUCAAUGACGAGAAUGUUCCGAGAGGGGCGGACUGAGACUGUGCGUUCCUGUACCAGUGAGUCCACAGCCUUUGUGCAGGCCAUGAUGAAGGGGUCCCAUAAGAAAGAAGACCUCCAGGAGCUCUUCCGGAAAGCUUCUGAAAAGCACCAGAACAUGUACCGCCUGGCCAUGACUGGGGCUGGGAUCGACAGGCACCUCUUCUGCCUUUACAUCGUCUCCAAGUACUUGGGGGUUAGGUCUCCUUUCCUGGCUGAGGUGCUUUCGGAACCCUGGAGCCUUUCCACCAGCCAGAUUCCUCAGUACCAGAUCCGCAUGUUUGACCCAAAUCAGUACCCCAAUCAUCUGGGUGCUGGAGGUGGCUUUGGCCCUGUGGCAGAUGAUGGUUAUGGGGUUUCUUACAUGAUCGCAGGUGAAAAUACUAUGUUCUUCCACAUUUCCAGCAAGUUCUCAAGUUCCGAGACGAGUGCCCAGCGCUUUGGGAACCACAUCCACCAAGCACUGUUGGACAUCGCUGAUCUUUUCAAAGUUCCCAAGAGGACGGAGAGCUGAGGACAGGAGAAAGACCAGCUGCCCUUUUGUCCCCACCUGGGGGAGGAAGAGACCUGUGGCCAGUUCACAGGCAUAAGGGGUGGCAUGCACACGUGCCCAGUUCUGAGAACAGCUCUGGUGGCAGGGGCUCCCCAGGCAGAUACUACUCCUUUAGGGCCCAGCUGGAGGUGGGAUUGGAGUAGUGGGAGGAUUUUGAUUUUUUUUUUCUGUCUUGGUAGAUGCUAAUAAAAAAUGAGGCUGUAUAAUUCUCUCUCAGCCUUUAGGUGCCUGUGUUUUGUUAGAGACCCUCUUCCUGCCCCGGCUCAGGCUAGAAUGGAAGGGCUAGGAGAACGUUGAUGAGGGCUUCUUACCCACGCUGAAAUAUGUGCCUUUCUGGAAUAAUGCAGGCUUUGAGAGGGCUGUCCAACCUCUCACGUGCACUUGGAAUAAAUUCUCGCUUUAGAACCUUUGCCUGUUCCAUGGGACUACUUCUGUUUGUCUGCCAGGGAGUGGGGUCCACCUGCCUAAUCCACACAUGGACAUGCCUUCUGUACCAAUCUGGGCUAUU